UGCUAGGUCUUUGUGACUCAUUUGAACGUUGGCGCGAGCCGAGUAAACAGAUACAAGAUACACGGAUUAGAAAAUAAAAGAUUAUUUAUCAUAACUGUCAGGUUUUAUGUCCAGGAGUAUUCUUAAUAAACCACAAUGAGUCACUGUGAGCUGGAAGAGGUGACGAAGCACAUCAAUGACAAGAUUUCACUUGUCAAGAGACUCUUAGAGCUGCGAGCAGUAGCAAAAGAUCCAGAUAAGCGACCCUAUCUGGUUAAAAUCGAGCAGGAUGUCAAUGCUAUAAACGGGCUUCUUGACCACUUCGAGAGAUACGUCACUCAGCAGAAGGACCUGCUGAAGCAUCUGCAGGAUCUGGAUAUGUUCUUCCAGGAAGACAAGCAGAACGCACUCCACCUAUUAAAGAACAUCCCUUCACACAUGCCUCGCAGAGGAGGACAGCCAACAGCUCAAGGAGGACAGACGGCGGCUCCCAGCAAGCAGGCGGAAGUGAAUUCGGCCCCCCAGGAGCAAGAACAGUCCAAGAAGCCCCCACGGAGGCUGAUUAAAGAGAUGGAGUUCAUCACGGUGCAGGAGUUCGACAACAUCCCACAGUACAUGAAGGGACGAGUGACCUACGACCAGCUGAACUCCGCUGUAAAAAACAUCAACAUGGCCGUCACUGAAAAGUAUAAGAUCCUUCAGCAGCCUGUUAAGAGCCUGAGUAACGCAGCCCGUAAACUUCACCAGCGCUUUAAAGACCAGGAGACCAAGGACACUAAAGGUCAGUUCUUUGUGGUGGAGGAGGACCUGCGUGAUCUGGCUCAGCUGAAGGUGGAUAAGCGUUUUGUGGGAAUGUUGAACAUGCUGAGACACUGCCAGAGACUGAAGGAGCUGCGAGGAGGUGGUCUGACACGCUACAUGCUGCUAUGAUCCUCCAGAAGUCAGAACACUGUCCUUGUUUCUGAGCUGUAUCUAUGAGAGGGGCGUACAGCGGUUUAGGGUCUACAUGUGCAGAAACAACUGCUGCUGUUCGAGUUCUCCUAAGGCUCCUCAGAUGAGCUCAAAAUCAAGCUGAGCAUCUUUAGAGCUCAGUCUAAGCUCCACCUGUAAUAGCAUUGUACACUUGUUCUGAAGUUGUCCUUCACAUCACCACUGGUGUCUAAGUCCAUCUAUUUUUUCAUGGUUUGUCUCAUUUUAAUGUAUAAAUUUGUAAAUAAAUGUAUUA